CUAGCCCAGCAGGGGGCUUCCUCAGAUGCUGAGCACCUAGGCUGUGGUAGACACGCACAAGCGACACUGCGCGCGACAUCUCUGCACCCCAGGUGGCUACAGCCUGGAGGGAGGCAUCUUCCGUGUUCUCGGCAGGCACGGCGCUGGGGAAGGGGCUCUUGCUAAGAGCAUGAGAGACAAGACGUGAUGCAGGGGGAGGCUCAACAGGCCCAGGCGGCAGCGCCAAAACAGCUUUGGAGAGCCCUGGAGGAGAAAGAGGCCCCACGGCGAGGCGCAGCCACCGAGGGAGAGACGUGGCGGACAUGUGGCUGGCGGAAGACGCUGGAACUCUCGGAUCAGCAUCCCACAUCUGCGGAGGCUGCGGCCGGGAGAAAGAGGCCCAACACUUGUCUGCCUCCGCUUGGCCACUCCUAACCCGCUUGAAGCAGUGACGUCUGUUCACGUCACUCGUGCGGGUGCGCUUGCGAGCCCCUGCUGUAGGCAUCUGCACCUGCGGUCUGGAGGGCUGUGGGAGACUGAGCAGGGCUGCCCCACCACAGCAGGCCUCAGCAGUUAACCCGCCCGGGGCAGGCGCCAGCGUCUGUGGGGUUGCUGGGCGCAGCCAUGGCCUGUCCCUGGAGGUUUCUGUUCAAGGCCAGAUCCCAGCAAUAUGACCUGACAGAGGAAAAGGACAUCAACAACAACGUGGGCAAAGGCACCAGUGAGCUCUGCGGCCCAGCGACACAGGAAGACCCCAAGUGUCACAGCCUCAGCAAGCACCAGGAUGAGUCCCCCCAGCCCCCGGCAGCAACAGCAAAGAAGUCUCCAGAAUCUCCUGGCAAGCAGGACGUGCCCCCAUCGGCCUGCCCACGGCACGUGAGAAUCAGAAACUGGGGCAGCGGGAUGACUCUGCAAGACACUCUCCACCUCAAGGCCAAAGAGGACUCCACUUGCAAGUCCCAUUAUUGCCAGGGGGCCGUCAUGAACCCCAAAGGGAUGAUCCGAGGGCCCCGGGACAGGCCCACCCCUGCGGAAGAGCUGCUCCCGCAAGCCAUCGAGUUUGUCAACCAGUACUACGGCUCCUUCAAAGAGGCAAAAAUAGAGGCGCAUCUGGCCAGGGUGGAAGCGGUCACAAAGGAGAUAGAAACAACAGGAACCUACCAGCUCACGGGGGAUGAGCUCAUCUUCGCCACCAAGCAGGCCUGGCGCAACGCCCCUCGCUGCAUCGGCAGGAUCCAGUGGUCCAACCUGCAGGUCUUUGAUGCCCGGAGCUGCUCCACUGCACAGGAAAUGUUCGAACACAUCUGCAGGCAUCUACGUUACGCCACCAACAACGGCAACAUCAGGUCGGCCAUCACUGUGUUCCCCCAGCGGAGUGACGGCAAGCACGACUUCCGAGUCUGGAACUCUCAGCUCAUCCGGUACGCGGGCUACCACAUGCCCGACGGCACCAUCCAAGGGGACCCAGCCAACACCGAGUUCACGCAGCUGUGCAUCGACCUGGGCUGGAAGCCCAAUUUCGGCCGCUUCGAUGUGCUGCCUCUGGUCCUGCAGGCUGACGGCCGGGACCCCGAGCUCUUCGAAAUCCCUGCUGACAUUGUACUCGAGGUGCCCAUGGAGCAUCCCAAGUACGAGUGGUUCCAGGAGCUGGAGCUGAAGUGGUACGCCCUGCCUGCCGUGGCCAACAUGCUGCUUGAGGCUGGCGGCCUUGAGUUUCCCGCAUGCCCCUUCAACGGCUGGUACAUGGGCACAGAGAUUGGGGUCCGGGACUUCUGUGACGUCCAGCGCUACAAUAUCCUGGAGGAGGUGGGCAGGAGGAUGGGACUGGAGACGCACAGGCUGGCGUCGCUGUGGAAAGAUCAGGCCGUCACGGAGAUCAACAUCGCCGUGCUCCACAGCUUCCAGAAGCGGAACGUGACCAUCAUGGACCACCACUCGGCGGCCGAGUCCUUCAUGAAGCACAUGCAGAACGAGUACCGCUCGCGCGGCGGCUGCCCAGCCGACUGGAUCUGGCUGGUCCCCCCGAUGUCCGGGAGCAUCACCCCCGUGUUCCACCAGGAGAUGCUCAACUACAUCCUGUCCCCUUUCUACUACUACCAGGUGGAGGCGUGGAAAACCCACGUGUGGCAGGACAUGAAGAAGAAGCCCCAGAGGAGGAGGCUGCAGUUCCGAGUCCUGGGGAGAACUGCCCUCUUUGCCUCUGUGCUGAUGCGCAAGACCUUGGCGGUCCGUGUCAGGGCCACCAUCCUCUUUGCCACGGAGACGGGAAAGUCAGAAGCGCUGGCCCGGGACCUGGGCGACUUGUUUGGCUGUGCCUUCAACCCCACGGUCCUUUGCAUGGAUGAAUACCCGCUGAGCAACCUGGAGCGGGAGCAGCUGCUGCUGGUGGUGACCAGCACGUUUGGCAACGGAGACUCCCCCGGCAAUGGAGAGAAACUGAAGAGGUCCCUCUUCAUGCUGAAGGAGCUCACCAACAAGUUCAGGUACGCGGUCUUCGGCCUCGGCUCCAGCAUGUACCCUCAGUUCUGCGCCUUUGCCCGUGACAUUGACCAGAAGCUGUGCCAUCUGGGGGCCUCCCAGCUUGCCCCGCUCGGCGAAGGGGACGAGCUCAGUGGGCAGGAGGAUGCCUUCCGCAGCUGGGCCGUGCAGACCUUCAAGGCAGCCUGUGAGACGUUUGGCAUCCGAGGCAAAGAACGCAUUCAGAUCCCCAAACUCUACACAUCCAGUGUGACCUGGGAGCCACACCACUACAGGCUCGUGCAGGACUCCCAGCCUUUGGACCUGAACAGAGCCCUCAGCAGCCUGCACGCCAAGAACGUGAUGACCAUGCAACUCAAAUCUCUACAGAAUCUACAGAGUCCAAGAUCCAGCCGAGCCACCAUCCUGGUGCAGCUGUCCUGCGAGGGCAGCGCUGGCCUGAGCUACCUGCCCGGAGAGCACCUCGGGGUUUGCCCCAGCAACCAGCCGGCCCUGGUCCAAGGCAUCUUGGAACGAGUAGUGGACUGCCCUGACCCCCACCAAACCGUGCGUCUGCAGAUCCUGGCUGAGAGCGGCAGCUACUGGGUCAGAGACAAGAGGCUGCCCCCCUGCUCACUCAGCCAAGCCCUCACCUACUUCCUGGACAUCACCACGCCCCCAACCCAGCUGCUGCUCCAGAAACUUUCCCUAUUGGCCACGGAAGAGGCCGAGAGACAGCGGCUGGUGACCUUGUGCCAGCCCUCGGAGUACAACCAGUGGAAGUUCACCAACAGCCCCACAUUCCUGGAGGUGCUGGAGGAGUUCCCGUCGCUGCGGCUGUCUGCUGCCUUCCUGCUGUCCCAGCUGCCCAUCCUGAAGCCCCGGUACUACUCCAUCAGCUCCUCCCAGGAUCACACGCCCACGGAGGUCCACCUCACCGUGGCCGUGGUCACGUACCGCCCCCGAGGUGGCCAGGGUCCCCUGCACCACGGAGUCUGCAGCACGUGGCUCAGCAGCCUGAAGCCCCAAGACCCAGUGCCCUGCUUCGUGCGGAGUGCCAGCGGCUUCCAGCUCCCCGAGGACCCCUCCCAUCCCUGCAUCCUCAUUGGGCCUGGCACGGGCAUCGCCCCCUUCCGCAGUUUCUGGCAGCAGCGACUCCAUGACUCCGAGCACAAAGGGCUCCAGGGCGGCCGUAUGAUCCUGGUGUUCGGGUGUCGUCACCCAGACGAGGACCACCUGUACUGGGAGGAGUUGCUGGAGAUGAUGCAGAAGGGGGUGCUGAGUGGGGUGCACACAGCCUACUCGCGCCUGCCCGGCCAGCCCAAGGUGUACGUUCAAGACCUGCUGCGGCAGAAGCUGGCCGACGAGGUGCUGCGUGUCCUCCUGGAGGAGCCGGGCCACAUCUACGUGUGCGGGGGCGUGUGCAUGGCCCGGGACGUGGCCCUCGUCCUCAAGCAGCUGGUGGCUGCCAAGCUGAGCCUGAGCGAGGAGCAGGUGGAGGACUACUUCUUCCUUCUCAAGAGCCGGAAGCGCUACCACGAAGAUAUCUUUGGCGCGGCAUUUCCCUACGAGGUGCAGAGGUCGGAGCAGCCCGGUGACACCGGGCUCUGACAGCCCACAGAGAAGCUAAAGGCAUGGAAUCUGAGAAUGGAGCUGACUUCUGACUAUCCAGGUCGCGGGGCCUGGGCAGGAGGAGGAACGUGAUUGUCCCAAAGCCUCGAACAUCUCCUUUCCGCACUGCCAGGGAGCAGCCUGCACUGGGUGGAGCCUCUUCUCUCCCUGGAACCCACCUUCACGUGGGUCAGAGGAGCGGGGACCUCUCUGGUCCCUACACCAGGCCUGACAAGUGAUUGCUCUGCUCUGAGUGACCACCAGGGGAUGCUGUCCUGCAACUGUAUAUGACCACCCUGUGUAUAGUUAUUUAUGCCUCUGUAUUUAAAAAAAAUACUCCAAUGUGUUCCCAAGGGCCUCUUGGGCCUUCCCUAUAUGUUUGAUAGAAAUAUUUAUAUGAAAUAUAUUUUAU